AUGAAUGACAUCAAUGGAGAUAUCAUCCAGUGGAGAAAACUGUGGCAAUUUGUUUCUGGCAUACACUACGGCACACCGAAUGCGGAUGUGAAAGAGAAACUGUUUCAAGUGUCCAAGGAACUGGUGGACGGUAUUCUGCAUUACAAAAAGCCUAGUAAAGCAUCGGAGGAAAAGUUACAAAAGUUGAUCAAAGAUAGAAACCAACUGAAGCUACAACCCUUCGCAAACAAAUUGCAUCAAUAUUUGGACAUUGACGCCGUUCAAUCAUGGCAAAUACUGUGUUACUAUUUGGUGAACGAAUAUCGUGGGGCCGCCACCGCACUGGCGGAGUACAUUUCCACCGAAACGUCGAUGGUGAAACUCUUGCACGACAUUUGGACUUACCACACACUGGAGCGGAUGGUGCAACUAAAGGUGUUGAAAAAUAUGCUGGAAUACUUCCACUCUGGGACGCACCCGUACUCGAAGGAGUACCGUGAGGUGGUGGAGCGAAUGGGUUUGCCGGCGCUUAGAAAAUCCUACCUCACACAGCUAACGCACUUGAUAGCCGAUCCGCCUAGCACGCAGAAAGCCAUCCCCACCGAUAUUAUGUACGGACAGACGAGAGUCGCUUGUGCGGAACGAAGGCUUCGGGAAACGAACGAAAUACUGCAGAUCCUGUUGCUGAUUGUGCACUACAGUGGCAUUAGUCCGGAAGAGUUGGAGCAACUGUUUAAACUUUUCCGCGAUCAUUCGUUCGGUAAGCAGCAGGAUCAUUUGGACCCGGGGUCGGAAAUUCAUUCCGAGUUGGUAAAGCGCAUAACCUACAACGAACUUGCACUCGUUUUCCGAACUCUCGAUCUGUCUGACAAGUUCGACGAUGCCGAUUGGAUUGACCGUGUGGUGGCGGCCCUCGAUGGACCAAUGGUAUCGUUGCAUCAAUUUCCCGAGCAUGGCCCACUGCUGCUUGUGUGGAUGCUGUUCAACUUUCGGCUACAGCAUACGGUAGAGGAUGAGGAUACGACCAGACGUUACCAGCAGUUAGGAUCACGAGCCAUCAAGCUGGGUGUGUUUGAGUAUCUUCACGCGAUCGUAUCGCAUCCGAUGUUCAAGGAUCAAAGCCUAACGGCACGCAUUGUACGGAAAUCCAUCUUUAACCAUCUUGGCUUCUUGUGCCAACUGUUUGAUGCCGAUGAAUCGAUCGCUCAUCAUAGCAACAUUUACGACCUGCUUAGCGAGCUGCUUACCUCGCCGACGAUCGCUACGGAGUUCUGCAAGCUUGAAGAUCACCCCAUUCGGGCGCUUUUUAACAUCAGCUUGGAACAUUUCCCCGUGGAAUUCACACCACUAUCCAAGGUAGCGUACGCACUAGCAACGGCAGGAUCUACGCAAAACAGUUACAUACAGGGACUUUUGGAAAAUUUGCCUGUCUACACGGAACUCUAUACUGGUCGCAAUCAGUACGAAAUUCGGAGUGCAUCCUCCACGAACGAAGAUGAGUUUAUACUGUGCCACGAUUACACACCUUCUAGGAAGAUUAAUUUCACCAUCGCCCGGGGAACAAAGCUGAUCGUGCGCGAUAUGCAAAACCAGCGAACAUACGUGCACUUCAGCACCAGCUACAACUAUUUCAAUGCACUACACCACGAAAUUAAUGAACUGUUGGAAGAUGCUCAAGCAACGAGCACUCUGAACUCGGAACGUGUGCAACGGAUUGCGGCCGGUUUAAAGUAUUUAGCCGUGGCCGUCAGACGCAUACAGCAACCGUACGACAUCACCUCGGAGAUGGUGCACCCAACAGAGAUGGUUUUCGAUGUGCUGCUCAAGUUUAAAUCGGUUCCGAAUCCACCGAUCGACUUACUGGUUCAAUGUAUGAACGUUUGUACCGCUUUGGUGCCGCUGUUCGAACAGGAGAUAUACACGCGCAUUAUCAAUCUAAACAUCCUUCCGUCGAUUAACAAUGCGAAUUUAACCUAUCAUGAGUACGCCAACGGUGUAGGGUAUGAUUCGAGCCUGGUAGGCUACUAUCUAAUGAACGUGGAACGCAGUGCUGGUCGCUACCCGUUACUGAUGGCGUAUUUUAACUUCCUCAAAACGUACACCAAGCUUGGUCGCAAUAAUGUGUUCGGUGUGGAACUGCCGGGAGCAAUAUUUUUGCUGCGAGAGGUACUGCCGCACGCGAACAAUUGGCGCUACGCGACAGGAUCCGAUCGGUACCGCGUGUUGGUAUUCGUCGUACAGUACAUCUAUGAAAUUCUGCAGCUGAGCGAAGAAAAGCUGGACAGCGAUUAUGCGCGUCGCGUGCUAAGAGAUGCGUGCGUGUACAGUUUGCUAAACCGUGACAAUGGUUUGGUGCUAUUAAAGAUCGUUGGUCUAGGCAACGGGUACCUGCAGGCGGUGAUGGAACGGGAGUCGAACUGGAUGCUCGUCCCGGAGCAGCAACUAAAUCUGAUGAUUCAACACUCGAUGACGAUACUGAUGCAGAUACUGCGACUAAAAAAACACAUCCACGAGUAUGACCUUUCGCCAUUGGAAUCCGCGAUUUACACGCAACCGAAGCAACGAGAUACAUUGCGCAUCAUACCGAUGGUAACGGGUUACAUGAGCAACAUUUUUAAUCCCCGACUGCCCAUCCUGUCCUGUCGCUUGUUGCGCAGAUUUGCCAUCGAAUUUCGUAUGUCUCUGUUAGCAUGUUUGGACAUGGAACCGGACCAAAUACGGCACACGUUCCUGGAACGAUUGCACGAUGAAAUUGAGAGUGACGAUUUGAAGCUUGCCGUGCUGGAGUUCGUUGAGUCGUGCGUUCACAAGCAGCCGGGACUUACGGAAGCUUUCUUUAAGGUGUACUAUGGCAAACCAGACCGACGAUUGCUGUUGGCGAAGGAUGGUAGUGGUGCAGGAGCAGCAGGACCAACAGCCAGUGGAAAAGGUCGUCCAAAAACGAUGAUCAACGAUGGCAUACCGACGUACAUGGAAGAGUUCCUCGAAGCGAUUUCAAACGAUCCGGUCAAACUUGCUAGUCCGUUGUUGUCGCGCAUCAUGUCAUUGUUUCAUGCGCUCUGGAAAAAUAACAUGCAAGCGUUGGUGAACGAUCUGCUACAGAAACCGAACUUUUGGUUAUCGCUAUGUAAUCCGCUGUUCAGCGACCAGAUUGCGAGCAAUAUGCGAUCGUACAGCCAACUGUUUAACAUCCUUGGCAUUGAGCUGUUUCGCAUUAAUUCUGCCGCGGGAAUCAAAAUGGAACCGGAGCUGGCGAAAGUGUUUGAACGGUUCACACAAACUUACAGCAUCUUCUCACGCUGGGUUGACAUUGUGCUAGAUCUUCCGGAUGCUUCUCGAGGGCGCCACAUCGACAAAGAUGGCAGCGAGGGCAAUUCGAGCAUCAGUGGUGGCUGGGAUGGUGGAGCAGAUCAAACACCCGACUGGUUAGGACGAUUACAAUCCUUCAAGGAUCUAUUGGUACUGAUCGUGCGUAAAAAAGAGCCGGGAAUUUCGUUGCCCGAUCGUUGCAAAACCUAUCUUGCCGAACGUUUGUUAGCGACUUUGGUCGAACGCGUCGAACAUGUGCACGAUAUGAGACCUUUGAUCGUGCUUUCCGAGCUGUAUCUAAUCGUACUCUCCGAUUUCGAUCACAAGUACACCGAGGAUCUGGAUAAGGAUGACGAGAUGUUGAUACGGGCCGAAAAGUUGCUAAGUUUGCUGGCUGUAACUUACGCUGAUAUACACCAGAGAGCCAAGGAAGCACUGAUUGCUAUUGGAAUUAAAACGGUCGAAAUACAAGCGGAUCGCUUGCUGGUAAAUUAUACAAUUGCUGCGGAAAUUAUACGCUCGGCCGUCGACAUUGCCGGGGAGGAAAUACAUGCGCUAGAGCUUGCUAUUCAGGCUCAUGGUUUGAAGGCAAAAACCGGAAGUGAUAUAAACGAAGCCAAGCAGUAUAAUUCGCUGCUGCUUGCCAUUAACUUGCUGAAGCAAUUGACCAUAAGUUUCGAUCAACCUGGGACAGGAUCCCCGAUGGUACAAGCAAACUCCACGCGGUGGGUUAAUUGGUUGGUGAAAGGCAAACUAUUUCAGCGUUUGCUCAGCAUCACGGGCACGGUACUACCGGAGUACGGCCGAAAGAAACUAGUUUCGGAGCUGUUGAACCUGUUGAUUCUGCUUGCCGAAAGUCAAAGCUCGGAGGAAUUGCUUUACAGCGACGUAGGAGACUAUCUAUGGUUGAAGCUGUUGCCACCGAAAGAGUUGCUUCAACGUCCGUAUGUUAUGGCGAACGAAACGCAACAACAGUGGCAAACGCAGGAUUGGUGGCCGAUUUACUCCAAAGGCAUACAUCUGGUACGAGCGCUGCUGAGCAAACAUGGAUACAGAUUUUUACGCGAUGCCAUCUUCUUCGUUGGUAUUCAUGAGGAAUACCUAAUGGAUUCGCUUAUGCUCGCUAAGCAGUCACUCGAACCCAGCGCUUUUGUGUUGAUACUCGAGACUCUCGAACUGCUUUGCACGAUGGUACCGUACGAAAAGGAGUGGCGGCUGGAACAUAGCCAAAGUUUACUAAAUCUUAUGCGAUGUACACAGUUUCUUAUGGACCAUUGCAUUUCGCUACUCUACCGACCGAAGAUAUUGAAACGUCUUACAACGGGGUUGGCGGACAAUGUUGGAUUUAUCGUGUCCGAUCUGGAGAUGGAUCCAAGCGCUAUCGAUACUUCCGACGAGCUGGUGGAUGCGAUGAAUAAUCUUAUCGAGAUAGUGUCCCUGUGCGCCAAAUGUUUGCUGUGUUUCAGUCCUCCCCUGCUGGCGCUUCUGUGCGAUGUCGAGUUUGUACCGAGCCAGUGGUGUCCACUGAUAGAGAUACAGUUUGGAGCGCCUAAACUUAGCACGGAUAAUUAUGCGCAGCUGAGCUUCGGAUCGUUGCUUCAAGCGGUGUGCAUCUUUACGAAAGUUUUAAAUUUGCAACAUUACAGUUUCAAUGAAACUCCACUGAACGAAUUGCCAGCUAGUGAAGUCGCGGAACACGAUGAUACAACGGAUGGUACGCUUACUAUGGGUCUUAUAUCACGAGCUAAUCGAUCUGCACUAGGCGGAGCAACGUCCCCUGCAUCAUCGUCCGAUGUAUCGCGUACCGGCAAAAGAGUACAAUUCUCAAAAACACUCUCAAUGACAAGCGUGUCCAGUUACACGUCCAACAACGCUAUUACGCUUUCGAACGAGUUGCUCACCCAUCUGGACAGCAAACGGUGUGUCUGUGCACUCGAGUACGUUCUAACGCUGCUAACAUCGCAGAGUUUGUUUGCGCUGAAAGAUACGAACCUUUCCCAGCGCGAGAAGCAGCUGAUCAAGCGCGAACUAAGCUCGGAACUGCUGAUAUUUCAUGAUUUCGUGAAAAAGCGCAUACUGAAGGAUGCGAAAUGCAUUCUAUCGCGCAAAAAGCAUGGCACUGUGCCUAUCAUUAACGAUCCUUAUGCGUCUCUUGACGACAGUAAUGCGGAUGCCGACAUGACAGAUCGUUCCACUAGCACUGCCAACGAUCGUUCGAAAGCUUCUCAGCAGACAAAAAAACAAACGGCCAGCACCAGUGCACAACAUUCGAUGCGCAUUAAUGUGGUGCGAAAAAUGCAUUUACAGCACCAACAGCAACAGCACCAAGACGCAACCGAACAAGCUGUGGCAGGAAGCGCCGGUCAUGUGAUGAGCCCGAUCGCCGGACUCCAUGGGCAGGAAGUUGGCCGUAGUUCAUCGACACCGGUACUGCGAGGUAUCCUAAAACCAUCAUCAUCCGCUUCCAUCAAACGGGUCAUGUUUGAUGAUGGGCUGGGCAAUGAAAAUGCCAAAAGCGUGGAACCGGAAGAUGAACCGAUAUUUUUCGAACCGCAAGAGCCACGCUUUACCGGUCUGUCGCAUGUGCAGAUGGUGGAGGAAGAUUACAUCCAUCUCCUGUCAAACGUAUUGCUUAUGAUUGGACAAAGUGAAACCUAA